UGCACCUUUUCCCCGCGCCCGUGCUCACCGGCAUCACCGUCGCCUGCGUCCUCCUCUUCGUCAUCGGGAUCAUCGGCAACCUCAUGACCAUGCUGGUGGUGUCGCGGUUCCGGGACAUGAGGACCACCACCAACUUCUACCUGUCCAGCAUGGCCUUCUCCGACCUGCUCAUCUUCCUCUGCAUGCCCCUGGAUCUCUUCCGCCUCUGGCAGUACCGGCCCUGGAACUUCGGGGACCUCCUCUGCAAGCUCUUCCAGUUCAUCAGCGAGAGCUGCACCUACUCCACCAUCCUCAACAUCACCGCCCUCAGCGUGGAGCGGUACGUCGCCGUCUGCUUCCCCCUCCGAGCUAAAGUGAUCAUCACCAAGGGGAAGGUCAAGCUGGUCAUCCUCUUCCUCUGGGCCGUCUCCUUCAUCAGCGCCGGACCCAUCUUCGUCUUGGUGGGGGUCGAGCAUGAGAAUGGCACGAAUCCCCUGAGCACCAACGAGUGCCGAGCCACGGAGUAUGCCAUCCGCUCGGGGCUCCUCACCAUCAUGGUCUGGACCUCCAGCAUCUUCUUUUUCCUGCCCGUGUUUUGCCUGACAGUGCUGUACAGCCUCAUCGGGAGGAAGCUCUGGAGGAGAAAGCGAAAGAACAUCGGUCCAAACGCUGUCAUCAGGGAUAAGAACAACAAACAAACUGUGAAGAUGUUAGUUGUGGUGGUAUUUGCUUUCAUACUCUGCUGGUUGCCUUUUCACGUAGGACGAUACUUAUUUUCCAAAUCCUUUGAAGCUGGAUCCUUGGAGAUAGCAGUGAUCAGCCAGUACUGCAACUUGGUGUCCUUUGUCCUCUUCUACCUUAGCGCAGCCAUCAACCCCAUCCUCUACAACAUCAUGUCGAAGAAGUACCGAGUGGCCGCUUGCCGGCUUUUUGGACUCAAACCCCUUCCAAAGAAAAGACUCUCCAGCACGAAGCAGGAAAGUUCGCGAGUUUGGACAGAACCGAGCGUCAUCACAUGACACGCGAUUCCCGGCGCCGCAGCAUCGCUCACCCGUAUUUCCCAGAAAGCCAUAAGGAAAGAGAAAGAGGGCACGACGCAGAAAUCGCAACGUUAAAGCUGGACUUUUGGCAUCAUCGGGAAUUGCUGAAAGAUGUAAUGUAGGCAGGUAAAGAUUUAAAAAAAGAAAACAACAAACACAAACUUCGAGGCUGUAAAAGGAGAUACAUGGUCACAGAAUUUGGCAACACUCAAGUAUUAUUUUUCUGCUGCUUUUGCCCAUACGA